UGCAGGGAGGAGGAAAGUGGGGAGGGGGGAGACGUGGUGUAAAUGUUAAUCUUCCCUAAUGCAGGCCUGUUAAAAAAGGGUUAAGUGAAGCAGUUGAAUGCUGCAAGCCUUGUCAGGGUUGUACUAUUUUCUCUAGUGCCUAAGGAGCAGGGUGAGGAGAAUGGGGAGGAAAUGGGAGAUUUCAAACAAAAGGGGGAUGGGGAGCAAAGCCUGCCAGGUGGAUAAUGAAGAGACAGAGCAAGAGGCAUAAUUGCCCAGGCUCAUGCAGAAAUCGCUGCUUAGGAACCUAGGAGCAAAGGGUUAUAUUCCAGUUGACUCCCCUCCCUAGUUCUCUAAUCCUGGCUCAAAGUAGCAAGCCCGGCUGCUGUCUGCUGCUGAAGAAGGGAUGCUGGAGAUUCUCUCUUUGGGAGGAAAAUGGUUGGUUGGACUUCCCUGCAAUGCAAAACACUGUCCUCCAAAGCAGCGUCCCAGCUGGCUGGGAUUAUCUGGGUUUGACCAUGCUACAUGCAGCCAUGCUGUGCUGGGGAUUUGGGCAUGAAGGUCUCAGGGACAAUUUCUGGCCGCAGAAGUUGAGCUCCCGUGGGGCUGAGGGGGCGUUGUUUGGAGAGCAAAGCUCAAGAGACAAUGCUGAGCAUCACACCCGGCUGUCAACUGAAGCCUCUGCGAAGACGCUAGUGCAUGAGAGUCCGGUAGCAGGCUUCACCCGUGGAGGGGCGGCGUGACUGCGAAGCUGGCGCAGCGAUAGAGGCGCUGAUCAUGGCAGGGGGCAGGAUCCGCUGGUGAGGAGAAAGACGAUCGAGAUCACAUUGCGCAGCACCCGGUGCCAGGCUGCCCCUGCGACCCCCGGCGCUAAUUCCCACGUGCAGGGUGGAUUUGUUUUAUGCGAGGGGCCGCCAGGCAGGCGACAGACAGAGAUGUAGCUCGGUUUUUAACGUGGCCACGGGUGCUCUCAGUCCUUCGCUCUUGUUGCAAUCCAGAGCAGUGAGGACUCAUAAAACAGCCUGCAGGAGGAAGAAGGUUGCCUCUAGGAACUGGGGCUUUAGAGCAACCUCCAGCUCUUUACCUUCCUGCUGUUUUUUCCAGGCAGCGCCACACCUCCGGAGGACACUGGGGACAUCAGGGUUUGUGCUGAUCUUAGCAUCUUUCUACCAUCACAGAGAGAGCUUCAGAAAGACACUCAUCGGCUGUGAAGUAAGGAACUGCUACGGCCCUCAAGAGGCUUUUCCUUCUUUGCCUGACCAAACCCACCUCAUUCCCAGACCUCUCCGCUCCUUCCCCCCACCCUUCCUACAAUGACUCACCAUUCUUUUGAACUUCGAAGAGAGGAACUUAUGGCGAUUUUGGAAGCCUGUAUUUCUCUCUAGGAUUUCCCCCGAGUCAAUUAAGCUGUGUCAGUAAGAGACACUGAGAUUUGCUUCUCCAGGCUAAAGUAUUUCCCUUUCCUGAUCAUCCCUCUGAAUUUUCAUGAGCUGCUUCCAAACCUAUGAACUUGUCCUUUCCCAGGAUAGCAGCCUUCCCCUGGAUCCGAUCCCACCAUCAGGCGCCGGAAGAGCUUAGAUUAAGGCUUGCUUUUAAACCUAAAUAUGACAGUUGCUACUGGAGAUCCCACAGAUGAAGCAGCAGCCUUGGCAGGCCAUCCGCAGGACACCUAUAACCCUGAAACGGAUCAUGAGUGCUGCGAGCGGGUGGUCAUUAACAUCUCAGGGCUGCGCUUUGAAACCCAGCUCAAGACUCUAGCUCAGUUUCCAGAGACCUUACUAGGGGACCCAAAAAAGAGAAUGAGAUAUUUCGAUCCUCUCCGUAAUGAGUAUUUUUUUGACCGGAACAGACCCAGUUUCGAUGCUAUUUUGUACUAUUACCAAUCGGGUGGUAGGUUGAGGAGGCCAGUUAAUGUGCCCUUGGACAUCUUCUCGGAGGAGAUCAGGUUCUAUGAACUUGGGGAAGAAGCCAUGGAGAUGUUUCGAGAGGAUGAAGGCUACAUUAAGGAAGAAGAAAGACCUUUACCGGAGAACGAGUUUCAGAGACAAGUGUGGCUGCUAUUCGAGUAUCCAGAAAGCUCAGGGCCGGCUAGGAUUAUAGCUAUUGUCUCCGUCAUGGUGAUUUUAAUCUCCAUUGUGAGCUUUUGCCUGGAAACCCUGCCUGUUUUUCGGGAUGAGAACGACGACAUGCAUGGCAGCGGGGUAAGCCACCACCCUUAUUCCAACAGUACCAUGGGCUAUCAGAAGUCCACCUCUUUCACAGACCCUUUCUUUAUAGUAGAGACUCUUUGCAUCAUUUGGUUCUCCUUCGAGUUCCUGGUAAGGUUUUUCGCCUGCCCCAGCAAGGCCGGGUUUUUUACCAACAUCAUGAACAUCAUUGACAUUGUCGCCAUCAUCCCCUAUUUCAUCACCCUAGGAACUGAACUGGCUGAGAAACCAGAGGAUGGCCAACAAGGGCAGCAGGCCAUGUCCCUGGCUAUCCUCCGAGUCAUCCGCUUGGUGCGGGUUUUUAGGAUCUUCAAACUAUCCAGGCACUCCAAAGGGCUGCAGAUCCUGGGGCAGACACUCAAGGCCAGCAUGCGAGAACUAGGCCUCUUGAUAUUCUUCCUCUUCAUUGGUGUCAUCCUCUUCUCCAGUGCCGUCUACUUUGCAGAAGCUGAUGAGAGCGAGUCUCAGUUUCCCAGCAUCCCGGACGCAUUCUGGUGGGCUGUGGUUUCCAUGACCACAGUUGGCUAUGGAGACAUGGUCCCCACCACCAUCGGUGGGAAAAUAGUUGGCUCCUUGUGCGCCAUUGCGGGUGUGUUAACGAUUGCCUUACCAGUGCCGGUCAUAGUGUCCAACUUCAACUACUUCUAUCACCGCGAGACGGAAGGAGAGGAGCAAGCCCAAUAUUUGCAAGUGACCAGCUGCCCAAAGAUCCCUUCUUCCCCUGACCUAAAGAAAAGCAGAAGUGCCUCCACUAUUAGUAAGUCUGAUUAUAUGGAGAUACAGGAAGGUGUAAACAACAGUAAUGAAGACUUUAGAGAGGAGAACUUGAAGACAGCCAAUUGCACCCUGGCUAACACAAAUUACGUUAAUAUCACCAAAAUGCUAACCGAUGUCUAGCCCUUACCGCCUGGUAACCUAUUUAAAGCUGAAGUGGAACAAUUGCAGUUAUUGCAUAAUACCCUGCAUUGUAGUUAAUACAGUAUGUUCUACAGCCUGCAUUUGGUUCUGCAUGGGAAGCAAUAGUUGUGUAAGUGACUUUCUAACUUUUUAUUUAGACAGCGAAUAAGCCUUCAUGCACAAAUUGUUUUUUUUUUUUUUAACAUCACAAGUUUAUGGGUUUCCAGAGCUAUGGAACACAUAGGCAUUCAAAACAAAAUCACAUCACUUGCAAUCCCAGGGAUCUUGAACAAAAAAGUCUGUGGAGAAACCUCAUGUAAACAACAGUACCCAUAAAUGUCAAGCAGAAAAAGCAUUUCAUUGCACUCAGCAUACAAAAUUAUAUCCCAAGGAAAUAGCACACAUCUAGCUUCCAAGCUUAUGGAUUCAUAGGAAUAGGUCAUGCUUGGUUUAAUUAAAGGAGCAUACAGCCAGGAGUCCGAAUUCCUGUAAGGUUCAGAUUUCUGCAAUACAUCAUGCAGGCUUGUGUUUCAUAACUGAAAAUGCUGCAUGCAGCAAUGGCUUUACCCACUGCAGUGUGAGACCUGGGGAGAGACAAUUAGCAUGGCAGAACUCUAGUUAGUAAGUCUUCAAUUUUCUAUGCCGGUGAUAGGAAGGGACACAUAACAAAUCAAGAGCCUGCGUUUUUUCUGGUUUUUUUUUUUAAGAUGACACUUCCAUCUUCACUAUUUCAAGGGUCACCAAAGACACAUCUACUGACACAUUCAAAAUGAGUUGAAAAAAGCAUCUUUUUUUAGAAUACCGGAGCAAACUCUGCUGUGGCCUAUAAUAUAUUUAUACUGCAGUGAAAUGUAAUCAGUAAUACAGUACUGCUGCAUGGAUAUUUGUUGCAUGAGUCUGAAUAACGAAUAUACAUACAAAUAUCUAUUUUCUUAGUAGACCAUACAGUAUUCAUGUUUAUAGUGUUUAUAGAUUCUCCGAAGGCUUGGAGGAGAUUCAUGGAAGUAAAACAAAACAAAACACAGAAACAAGGCUGGGUUAAAGAUACUGACUAAAUGUAAGAAGCAAGGCAAAGGUUGCUGGGUUCUUCCUGGUAUUCACAGGCCUGGAGCACAGAACUGGGCAAGUGAAGGAAGGAGAGCUGAAAGUUAAGCACCUGUGCUCAUCACAUGAGGUGGAACUAGCAAUUAAUCUUGGUGUCACAAGCAGGACUCUGCAGCUGACCAGAGAUGGCACAAAGGACAGGUGGCACUGUGUGUUAAAGAACUCCUGACGCUAUUGUUCUGCAACCAUCAGCUGCAUUAUACAAUAUUGUGUUGCCUCUAGAAUGAUCAGGACAGCUUCUCAGCUGGUGUGAAUGGGCUCUGUCAGAAUCAGAGCCAGGGACACCGGCGAAGGACUGAGCUGGACGUAUGUAAUUUAUAUGUGAUAUCCAUGCAAAUGUGGUAUGAGCUUAUGCACUAUAACACGGGCACAAGGCAAUUUAUGGGCCAGAUCCUCCCUGGUGGAAACUGGUUUGUGUAUAUGUGAUAGAAGAGUUCAGGGUGUACUGGAACGCUGCUGCCCUGUGGGUGACCUCUGCUCCAAAACAAUAUGCCAAACAGCCAGCAACACUUGGGCAGCAUGGCUCGUGCUCUGCACUCACUGAGAUGGUCAGUGGAGGUGGAAGCUGGCCCCUUGCUUUUAAUCACUGGGCAAGAGUUUCCCAUCAUUCCCGAGCUCUACCUUCUAGCGCAUCCUUUGAAAAUGCACCUGGGCCCUAACUGUGUGGCAGCGUUGGGCAGCCUCUGCCGAGCCCUGCCAACCCAGAGUAGAACUGCCUCCUGUUGUGCUGGACCAUGAAUGCCCACCCUGGCUGAAGCAUCCUUUGCAAAGAGUCAGCAUAAGGCCUGGGCAGCAAUUCAGAGCCACAGGCUGAAUGUGACGCCCUGCUUUGCACAGGGUGAAUGCAGGGGAUGGGUCUAACAGCUGGUCCAGCCAUUCCUUAGAUCUUGGAGCCCCUAUUCUGUAUUGGCCUAGUCUCCAAUCCCACCACCUCCCCAUCUCCUUGGGUUGCCAGGGGGUUCUGCCUGCAUAAAGACCUCAGGGUUUCCUCUAUUCCCUUUACAAUUCCCAUUUUAUUCUGGACUAGAUGGGAGCCUCCCACGAGUGUUUCUAGUGGAUUAUAUCGAUCAGCCCCUGCUUCAUGCACAGCCUUCUUUGGCUCCCAUUUUCCCAUGCUUUCCGUGGCCAGAAGCGGAGCUGACAAUCUCAACAGCAGCAGAAGAGAAGGGAAAUUCCCCAUCAUUUGAUAAACCAUCCAAAAGAAGGGACCUCCUCCUCCUGUGGGUGCUGUGGCCAGCUGUCAGAUCUGUAGAGCAGAUCUCAGCCUCUAGCUAGCUGGCCAGCGACGAUUUACCUUUUCUCAGGCCUCAGUCCUGGGAGGCAUUUAAGGGUGCACGUAACAUUACGCACAUGCUGAACUGGCCUUAAGGGCCCAUCGACUUCAAUGCACUUUGGGUCUGGCACAUUCUAAUGUCCCUGGUCAAAUCCAGGUACUACUGUAGUCCACAGCAAUGGUUCCAAAGAUGGCCCUGAUCCUGAGUCUCCUCUCCCUUCCAUUCGGAUCAGUGUCAGGCCACUGAUCUGAAUGAAGUGACUCCUGAUUUUCACCUGUACAAGCAGUGCAGAUUGACUCAGUAGAACUGGGAUGAGAGAACCUUCUGCAGUCGGGGUAAAAGGGCCUGCCAGGUGCAAAGCCCUUCGGUGGCAGUGCAUGGCGCUCAGCACCGGGCUGCAGUUGAUGGCGCGGGACCAUUUUUAAGCAUGAGGAUGCUGACAUACCCUUUACCCCAUUCUCUCCCCACCCAGCUGAGGCCAGGAGCAAAGCUCUGGUGUGUGGGGCAGCCCCCGGGACCCUGGGCCCGGUGCUAGCAGCAGAACUCCCAACACACAGGGGCAAAGCAGAGCUGCUGGCAGCGGAGCCCCCAGAACACAGGGCAGCAGCUGGGUCCUCAGGCGCAGGGCUGGCAGCAGAGCCCAUGAUACGUGGGGAGGCAGCUGGGACUUGGAGCGCUAGGCGAGACCGGGAGCCCAAAGGCGCUGCAGCAGCCCCGCACCCCCAUGUAUGGCUGCACUACUGAAAAUAAGGGUCUUAAUUCUCCUGCUUCAUUUGUGCAGCAAUGAACAAAAAAAGGACGUAUUUUGUCUCCUUCAUUUACACCCAGCCAUUUUUACCUCUAACAGCGUGAUAUUAGAAAACAAAAGCAAUAAGCCUAAUUAAAAGAAUCAUUAAAUAAUACGUAUUCUGUAGCAAUGGUGCUAAAAAAGUGCCACUCACAGCUCAGUGCCAAUUCCCCAUGAGGCCAGCCGGCUGAAAUCAAUCGAAGGGUCUUAUUCGUCCCCAUCGCUGUAGCAUCUCAGCACCCGGGAGUCUGUCAUGUAUUUACCCUGACAGCACCCCGUACGGUAGAGCAAUAUAUUAUCUCCAUUUUGCAGAGGGGAAACUAAGGCAGAGACAGAGAGGUCCAGAUUUCUAAAGGCACCUAGAGAUCUUGCCAUUUGGUGGGAUUUUCUACAUGCUUAGGCACCAAACUCCCAUUGACCUCUGUAUCUUUGGGUCCAUCUAUGUGCCAUUGUCAGUCCGGUCUCUGGGGACCCAGAACUGUGAACUUGCUGGUUCCAAGCCUGUGUCUGAGUCCACAGUAAACCUGGAUUUACAAUUGCUGGACCCUGGACUCACAGCCACGCUAACUUGUCCAGGCUGCAUUCUGCAGACUUCUGACUUGAAUCUGCGGUGGGAGUUGCAGCUACACUGCAAAAUAACAGGGCUUGGACCAAAGUUGCAAGGGGACUCAAACUUUGACCAGCCCUCAGCAGAAUCCUAGAUGGGUUCUGAGUGUCUAGUGACCUGAGUCAGACUGAUUUGUGUGUGGACAGAAAAGGGGCUUGAGCUCAGACCUGAAUCAGUGCCCAGGUUUGCUGUGCAAUGUAGCUGGUGUCUAAAAACCUUUGAGGUUGUGGGCCUAUGUGACUUGCCCAGAGUCAUUCAGGACAUUUGUGGUGGAGGAACUGAUGCCCAGGCUAUGUCUAGACUGCAGGGCUUUUCUGGGAUAGCAGAGGUAUCCCGAAAAAACUCUGCCGCAUCCAAAGAAGGCGUCCGCUUUUUCGGAACAGUUUCUGCAAAGGUGGACGUGUUCUUUCGGCUUCCCUGUCUUCCUCUCAGUGAGAGGAAUGAGGGAUAUUCCAAAAGAGGAGGGUUUUUUUUCUUAAAUUUGGCCCCAUGUAGACAGGCCAAAUUUCGGAAAAGCCUCUUUCGGAAAAAAAAGCAGAAAAAGAUACGCAAAUUAAAUGAUCUUUUCUGACUUUUUUCUGCAGUGUAGACGUAUCCCCAGAGAGACGAGGUAAAAUAAAAGUGCCGUAGACUCUAACUUUCAAUAAAGCAUACGGUACUUUUUUCAGAAGUGCCUAAACCCUCUUGGCUUCCAAUGGGACUUAGGAUCCUGAGUUACCCUAAUUGACUCAUCCACGCUAUGUGGUCUUGAAUACCAGCAAGUGCUGAAGCCAGUAUAUUACUUUUCCUCUUGGCAGUUUGCUCUUUUGGUCCUCAUCAAUAGAGCCCUGCAGAUCCGUGGCCAUCGGCUAUAUAGCUGUGGGUAUCCAUAUCCUCGGAGGCUGAGGCAAAGAUCCGUGGCUCAUUCUUGUGGAUAGAGAUGUGGAUACAAAAUGUUGUAUCAGCGCUUGUCUCUAAUAAUUAAUCUUAAUAAGCACAUUGGGGAUGGCCUUCACGCCUGCCCCCCAAAAUAGAAGACGUCACAUGGUCUGUACUGCUUUUGUUGAGGACUUAGGUGGCUUAAAGGUCUCAUGCUGAUCCUUUGCCCAGAGGCAGAGAGUGUCCCAGGUGAGUCAGAACACCAGGAACUGGUCCGAUAAUUGGUUUGCCCAAGUGCAGAUUACAGACUCCAGUGUUUUGGGCUGUUGCUGUAGAGUGCUGGAAGACAUCACAGCGGAGCGGCAAGUGCAGUUCUUCCACAUAGCCUCUGUUUUAGGGUGCUGUUGGUUUUCUCAUGAGCCAACUGAGAUCAAAUGUAGAUCAGCCCAACCCUUUCUCUAGCAGACUCCAUCAAUGCCCUUUCUCCAAAUAGGCUGCGCAUCCAAGGAGUUCGGUGAAUAUUACAGUAAUGCUCCCUGGAGCCAGGAGCUAUGGAUUCAGCCUUUCUCUUGCCUUGAGCUAGAUUAAAAUCAUUGCUACCUGGCUCAGGGCUCUGAGAGGGAGGAAGGAACCUAUAUGGUUCAUGAGCUGCAGUAGGCUAAAUUUGAAACCAGGCAAGGUGCCUGCAAGAAAGCCUGGGGCAGCCUGCUCUGGGGGCUUGAAGAGUCUGCAGGGGGCUCCCUGGGAAGAGUGCACUGAUGAUCAGGGAGUAUGGCAAGCAGAAGGCCCAAAUGUAGCCCAUGCAUAAAGAGAUUAGACACCUAUUGACUUCAGUACUCAGGGACUUGGGUAUCAUUCCUGGCCACUUGUGUGACUUGGAAGAAGUGUUCAAAAGUGGCAGCUGUUUUGAGUUUGAGAGACUUCAGGCCUGAUUUUCAGGGGUCCCGAGUAUCCCAAACAUCUUUGACGUCCCCUGGAAAUGGAAAUCAGGCCCCUAGUGUCUCACACCGCACACCGCAUAAUGGUAGCACUAAGUGCACGCACAAUAGGCUGGCAAACUGGUGAAAAUUCCUGUCACAUCCUAGCUGAUAGGAAAAUAUAUCUCAGUGUAUAGAACUGUGGCUUAUAGGCUUUCUCAGAAGUAUAUAUCUCUGCAGUUAGUUUUAGGUCCUUUUCCAAGGCCUACUCUAAUACUAGGUCUAUCAGGAAAAAGAUCCCAAGAAUGGUGUUACGCACAUAUAGCAUGUGGGUGUAUAAAUAUGGGCAUAUUUGUGCAUAAAUACACAGAAGGAAAGAAAAAGACAGAGGAGGGAAUAUUUCAGAAAGGGACUUGUUUUGUGACCAAGUGGUUCCUAGGUGAAACACUGAAAUUACUACCAACAUCUCCUAGACUUUCUGGAAUUCGCAAUGCACUUAGAGGUGGGCCCAAACUGAGAAAGAAAUCUGGAUCCAAAUUUGAAAUAGGUUGAACCAAACACCUUCCCCUCUCAAAUAAUGAGAGUAUUCAGAUCCUGGCCUUACAGCUGUUCUUUCUCUUUCUGUAGCAGAGGGAACAAACCCCCCAGUAUCCUGGAAACGUUGUGAGAUUGCCAGUCUAUGAGUUGGGCCCAUUUCUAGUGUGUAUGUAACUAGGUAGGUAAAUCCAAACCAAUGAUUUAAGGGAUUUGUUUGUGUUGCAAGAUACAUCAACUGCAUCAAAUUAUAGUGGUCAUGAAAAAAUCUCUUGAGGUAGAUAUUACUGUGGGUUAUUGGAUUUAUCAGCAACAGAGCAUGUGAUUUCCUACAAUUGUGAAUUUCAACCCUGUAAGGUUUGAAUGUCUUAAUGGUCCCAUCUGUCUUGGCGGUCACUCACUAACGAGCGAGACAUCUUCCUGUCACCCUCCUCUUCGUGCAUCCAUUGAUGGCUGACCAGCCCGAUUCUGGAGCCACAGGUCUUACCGCAGACGGGGCAGGUGCUGGUGGCUGUUGGAUGGGCACAGCACAGUUUUUGUCCCUUUUUUCUCCUUCAUCACCUCUCUUUCAUCUGCGUGGCAGUGAGACCUCUCACAUUGUGCCACCCGCUCAUGGAUUACUGCUCUCCACUGGGGAUGGUCCCGGGCAAGAUUCUUCCAAGUGUUGACACCGAUGCUGCACUUUUUCAUGUUUGCCUUCAGCAUGUCCUUAAAUCGCUUCCUCUGGCCCCCAGCAUGCCUCAGUCCUUCCUUCAGCUCGGAAACAAAUGUUUUGGGAGGUGCUGUUCAUGCACCCGGAGCACAUGGCCAGUCUAGCAAAGUUGUUGGCCGAUGAUGACUUUAUGGUGUCCCAUAACACCAUAAAGAAGGACGCUCAUGCUUCCUUCCUCCGAACCCUCACACCAGGGAGAGUUGGAGCAGAACUCAGGGAUGGAUGCAUAUACCUAAGAAUGCAGAAUACAGCAUGGAUAGCACAUAUAUAGAGCUGUGGAGAAGUAAUCCUCUGGAGCGUAUUCUACUCAGGACCCUCAACAUUUUUCCACCUAUGUGCAGAAUAAAUUUUGUUAUGUGCACUGAGACAUGCACAUAUACACAAUCAGUAGAAACACAUGCUGCUGGUUGUGGGUGCUCUGCGAAUCAGCUGGGUGGUACUGGACUCUCUCUUGGGUGACCUCCCAAGCACUCAGCUUACAGGGAACGCUGCCCAGGAUCCUGUGAAUUUUCCAGGGAGCAUCACUACAGUUUCUAAUGCUCCUCAGAGCAGAGUUAGUUACCUCCCCACAUCCUCCAUCGCUGAAGGGGGUACAAUCUGUGUAUGUGCCAAGGAGAGGACCAGUUAACCAUGCUGCCAGGGGUGGGGGGCAAUGAAGAGGGAACUAGCCAAGAUCUGUAAGUUUAGGCCUAGUAUUCAUCAUGGAUCUGAAAGCUCCACAUAAGCAAGGGACCGCUCCUUCCUCACACACCUUGUAGCUGCUAAUGUCUUCCCCAGAGCAGAGAACUCUCUUCCCUUUGACCAGCGCUUGUUGCUGCAGCUUUUAAUUUCUACUGUGGUAGUGUCCAGGGAUUCCAAGCAGGGAUCAGGACCCCUUUCCACUACACACUCCUGGAGCAAAUACCACAGAGACAGGUCCUGCCCCAGACACCUGACUGUCCCCUAAUGGGAACACUAAGCUCUCAAUACUUCAGUCCAAGGGAGCAAACCUUACCCUCUGUUUGAUCUUAUGCUGAAAUGCUGCCUGCCCUCUCCCCCUCCCACUGCCUCCCGGGCGCUGUGUGAACUGUAGUGCAUCGGCCGCACACUGCCAAGAUAAGAAUCGUCUCCCAGCUGGCUCUGCAUUAGAACAUGUCUCAGCUCUUCCAAGCUGCAGUCACGAUCUUGGCAUCCCUCCCAGCAUGCUGCUGCCUGGACACCCUCCCUUCCGAUCGAGGGGAGCUGCAGGUGCUGAGAUCUUGGCAGCAGCGCAUCGUAAGACAUUCGGUCAGACUCCGAGCGGCUCUAAAUUGGUGCCAUUGUAGCUGCACCAAUUUACAUCAGCUGAGCAUCUGGCCUGCAGCUCCUGGAAAGGUGGCCACAUAUAAAUUCCUUCAUUCAUGUUUCUCUUCCUGGGUAUGUUUUGGCUUCAAGGCGAUGUUGAAUGUAGCAAUGUAACAAUGGUUUCAUUCCAAGGUCUGAGUGUGUAGAAAUAUAGAUGGAAACUGCAAAUUAUUUCAAAACUUGCAUGGCUUUUUUUAACCAAGCAUAACAACCACAAUUAGUAGUUUGCACCUGCUUCCCUAGUGCCCGAGACUUUGUAGAUGUUUUACAAUGUCAAAUUACGAUUCAAGCUAAAAAAAAAAAGAUAUUGGCUUAAAUAAGCAUGUGUUGCCUAAUUUGAGAGAAUCAAUACGAAGAGGAAACCCAAGAAAGACUUGUAAUAAUGAUGCUGGAAUAGAACCUUUUGUCUCCAUGGUUACUGGAGAAAUGGCACCAAUAAUGGAGAGAGGCCUGUAAACUGUGGAAGGAGGGCUCAUGGAAAUUUCAACUCAUUUAACCAUGUGUUUGCUAGACAACAUUUUAGACACCAGCUGUAUCUGAUUUGCACAGUCUGUAUAGACUCUAACAUUUAUAUUGAUGGCCCAGCAGUGACAGGACACUGUUAGCUGAGAGAUGCGAAGUCAAUAAGAGACGUUUGUAUAUAGAUAUACAUAUAUCUGUGUAAAUAUAUAUUAUGAAUGAACAUUUGCUGUCUGGUUUAUCAUGAGUGUACAUAAUUUAUUCUUCAUAGAGUAUCACAAAUUUUGUAAAUAUCAGCAACAAUUAACAAAAAAUAUGUAUAUUAUUGAGGAUUUAUUUUGGCAUCGGUCCUGGGUGGAAAACAAAGAAAAGCAAAUAAAUUUUGGACAUACGUGUCAUUUUCUGUGUAUUUUGAAUGGUAAAAGAUAUAGGAUUCUCCCUCCUCAGAAAUGUUCCUGCAGCAGUCAGUUGCAUACUCCUGAAAACAAUGGAAGUGGCUUAAAUGAAUCAAAUAUUCAGGCUAUGCAUAAGAAAGAUAUAGAGUGUGAUCUGAUUUCCUCCAAAGAGUUAUCAUGAUGUAAAAUGAAGGUAUGUGACAACUGUGUCUUUGAAAAUUUGAGCUGAGGUGUUUGCAUUGUAUUGUUGCCAUCCACCAGAGGUAUUUUAGCACAGGUGCUGAGUUGCCUCUUAGAAAGAACCCGUAGGAGAAAUAAUGUUAGUUCACUGUGGGGAUGUCUAGCCUACAGGGUUUUUUCGUAAAAAGUGACCUUUCUUCAAAAAAACUUCCCCUGCGUCUAGAUUGCUGCCGUGUUCUUUCAAAAGUAAAUCGAAAGAACGCGGCAGUUUUUUCGCCUGCGGAAAACCUUGUUUUACGAGAAAGAACGCCUUUUUUCCAAAGUGCUCUUUUGAGAAAAGGCGCUCUGUAAUGCAAACUGUGCUUUUUUGACAGAGCAUCCAGACUGCCUGGGCGCUCUCUUUCGAAAAAGUGGCUUGUUUUUUCGAAAGUACUGGUUGUCGUCUAGAUGCUCUUUUUCGAAAGAGGCUUGCAGUCUAGUCGUAGCCUGCAUGGGGCUGUUGCAAGGAAAGUGUUGUCGAUUCUUUGUAAUAUAGUAGAACGUAUCGGUCCCAGCUGAGAUUUGGCUCCCAUUGUGCCAGGCUCUGUACAAACACAUACACUGGAGUUUUCAAACAAUCCCCAAAUUCUAGGCUCCUGACUCUAUGCUCUAUGGUAUUAGUACAAGACAGCCUCUGCUCCAAAUGGCUUUCAGUUUUAAUGGGCAAGACACACAAAGGAAGUGAGAGGCACAACGGUGCAGUAACUCACAGUUCUAGCAAUUAAACCUACGAUUUCCUGCUUCCUACCUCACAGCCCUAACCAUAGGCACACACUGCUUUGCCAUGCCAAGUGUUAGUAUAUGGAUCUACUCAGUGUUCUGUUUAAAUGGGGAGGGGCGGCUUCUGACAUGCUGAUCUUGUUCCUAGAAGGAAUCACAUCUUAGGUGACAAAAGUGCCUGGGACCUUGCAGAGAGUGUGACAUUUUAUUCUAAAAUACUG